CACACAGAGAAGGAGAGCGCGAGGCUGCGCGAGGCGACUUAAACCGCUGAGGAGGGAAAUCUGAGAAGAAAUAACGACAUAUUUUUACUUUUAUUAUCCCAGCCAGAAAAUAAAACGCGAAAAAGAAAGCAGCAGGAGUGCUGGACCGGUCCAAAACAACUUCACCGAACUGAAAAUGCCGCGUACGUGGAGAGAAUCUCUCCUCCAACUCUGAGGAGGAGAUACAAACUGACGGCUGUUACUUCAGCAAAAUAAACGACGAGCAGCUCCUCCAUCUCACGUAAAGGAGUUGCAGCGUUGAGGAACAGGCGGUGAAGAUGCCUGGAGCAGUGACACUGUGGGGAUUACAGUCGACCAACGUCCAGAUUUGACUUCCGACGGCGGACCGGAGCGAGGCUACGCUGACUGCAUUAAACAUUUUACGAGUUGCCGGAAUGUUAUAAACAGCCUGGUCGUUUCCGCGGGACAGAAGGACUGAGAGAGAGAGAGAAAACUGAGGAUAUUAUGGCUCUCACAGCGGUCUCCCUCUGUCUCCUCGUGUUCGCCUCCACUAACUUGCACCUGAGCCACGGGAAUAACCGCCAUGCCGUGUACUGGAACAGCUCAAACAUUCACUUGCGGAGAGAGGGCUAUACGGUGCAGGUCAACGUCAAUGACUACCUGGACAUUUACUGCCCACACUACAACCUGAGCCAGCGGGGGGCACUGGAGCGAGGCGUGGUCGAGCAGUACGUGCUCUACAUGGUCAGUUACCGUGGCUACCGCACCUGCGACCCCCAGAUGGGCUUCAAGCGCUGGGAGUGUAACAGGCCGCACGCCCCUCAUGCGCCAAUCAAGUUCUCGGAGAAGUUCCAACGCUACAGCGCCUUCUCGCUGGGCUACGAGUUUAAUGUAGGCCACGAGUACUACUACAUAUCCACACCCACUCAUCAUCAUGGACACAGCUGUUUAAGACUGAGAGUGUUUGUGUGCUGCUCUACAGUUUCACAUGCAGAUGACGACUCAGACCAGAGCCCUCCUGACUACACAGUCAGGCCCAAAAUACACGACAUUGAUGAGUUUAACCCCAAGAUUCCCAAACUGGAGAAGAGCGUCAGCGGCAGCAGUCCUUCUCGAGACCGGCUGUUGAUCACCGUGGCAACAUUGCUCCUAGCAGCCCUCUUUGUCUCCUAGCAACUGUAUCCGGUAUGGCAUGGCAGAGCCAACCUUGGGAUCAAUCCAAGUGAGGGAUCAAUCAGAGAAUAGCGAAAACUAGUAGAACUUUGAUAGGGAAACUUAACUACAGACCUUCUGCACCCAAACAGUGGCCUUUGGCACAGAGAGUUGGACACCUACCGAAAUGAAUGGAAUCAAAAUGCCGGCACUUGGAUGAAUGAACCUUGUGAACUUUGCCUUUUUGAUGAAACAUCUACUCUAUCUUCUCCCUAAGAUAUAGACAGAAGAGGAAGACCUCGAGUGGAACACCGAAGGCUUUCUCCUCCAGCUGUAUCUGGAUUGUAGUGGGCUCUUUGGAUCUCAUGCUGCUUGUACAGUUCUCCAAUUCUUGGACUUGCCAAGUUAUGCUGACAAAAUAGCUACAUCUACUGCAGGACAGUCAAGCUGACAGAUUCAAGGAGCAAGACUCAGUGGCCAUUUUUGCUGCUUCUCAGCAACAUGGCUUCUGUUUGUAAUGGAAAUAUAUAAGCACCUCUUAGUCAUCGCUUAUGUGUUUCUUGAACUGGAAUGACUACGUUCAGCAGCUCAGUGUGAAGGUGGCCAUCAGCUGCUGAUUUAAGAUGAGCAGGAAGUUCAUGAACCUACUAAGUUCAAACAUGCUGAUCUUGGAUCAGCAGCCUGAGGUCCGUCCUGGGUCACAUUACCAUCCUUGUGUGGCAUGUUUUGACCAAAACACUCCACUGUCUGCGUAUCCUCUUUCCACCACACGUCAGAAGAAACUGAGAAUUGAGUCAGACUUGUUGAUAAAAAGGAAAUGAGCCUGUGAUUGGCCCGUGCCUGAGAAGGUAUGUCACUGUUUAGUGUAGCGAGCCUUUUGUAAAAGCGUGCGAGUCGUAAACUGCAGUUCACCGUUUUAUAUCGUAGAAUUGCAGCACGGAAUUCCUUUCUACUGUACAGUUCACAUUUAGCAAAAUCGCUUCAUUCGCAUAUCAUUGGUGCUUUAUUUAUUGACCCACAGUAUUUAUUUCUGGUUUUGUGAAGGUUUGUUUUCCUCAGGGGUUCUCCCAGAAAGCGAAUCCCGAUUUUGCCAAAUACCAAAAUAUUUUGUUUGUUUGUUUGUUUUGGUGUGUUUUUGUUUCUUUUUUUAGGUCUCAUACAUGGAAAUGUGCCAGCUAUUUCAGCUCAUCAUUGUGAAAUUUCACCAAGCCAGACUGACAGGAAAAAAAAAGAAAAAAAAAGACUAAGAUUACUUUAGUACAGUUAAUGCAUUUAGGACAACGCUCUCCCGCAAGAGUUAGGGCUGGUUUAGAGGAACGUAAAGAACUGAGUUUGGAACAAAAAAAGAGCUUUGCUCAUAUUGCUGCACUACCAGUCUUACAUACAACUUCAAGAGCGCUUCGAGUGUGUGUUUAUAUGUGUGUACGUGUGUUACGAGUGUGCACUUUAUGGCGGACGCGUGCGAGUGAGUAUGCACAUUUUAGCAUUUUCGUAUUUGUUUAGGUACACAUUUGUAGGUUUUCAAUAUGCAAGCGUGUGUGAGACAGCAAGAGAGUUUUUGUGGGGGGAGGUGAUACUGAAAGCAUUUAUCGUUGGGAACAACAGUACCAGUCGUGUUUACCUUUGAGUAGAAUGACUAAACCAUGUCAAGAAAUCAUGAAUGAUAAUGAGAAUGAAAUUGACAAUAAACCAUUCUACUUUUAA